AUGGCGCUCGAGCAAUACCUCAUGCCCAGCGACGCCAGCAGGAGGGACGCCCAUCUUCCGGAUACGACGUUGGUGGAGGGCUACGUGGUAGAGCACGCCUUGCGAUGGAAAUCAAAUUCUGUGGCGGGAUACCUCAACGCCGGCGGCGGCAUCGACCUAGGAGCAGGAGCGCCGGCCGACGUAGCGCAGCUUCAAAGGGCACCGAGGGUCAGCGUCACCCUGUCCGAGUACCUCUCAGCGGCCUCGCCCCACGCCGAUCCUUCGUGCGACUACGGCUGGUACACCCCAACCGCCUCCGCCAGCUCUCUUCCUGCCGCCGAGAACUCCUCUCAGGAGGGAUGCUACCCCGCGCCGCCGAGCCCGUCGGCCUACCCCAGCUCCCUGCCCUGGCGAUGCAACCGGGUGGAGGUCGAGUCCACGGCCACGGUCUCUCUCUCGCCCGAGUCCAUCGUGCUCGGCGGCGGCGGCGGCGGCAGCACCAAGUACCUCGUGGUGGUGUGCAUGGGGAGAGAGAAGCUCGUCGCGGGGUGGAGGAGGGCCUCGGACUUCGAGAAGCUAGCGGCCAUCGCGCGCAAGGCCUGGAUGCCGAAGUCGUGCGUCGCGUGGGAGGCUCUGGAGCGCGCGAGGCGAGUUGACGGCGGGGGGCCAUGCAACAUGCCGGUCGUGCUGCGGCCCAGGCGGCUGGACUCCGUGUACUUGCAGAACAAGGCAAGGUUCCUCGAGGAGUUUCUGAAGCAAUAUUUCUUCGAAGCCGGCAGCAAGGAUGCGCUGCUCUCCUUCUUGGACCUGAAGAAGCCGGCCACCGCGGAGGUUUAAUCUCUCAGGGGUCCGGGCCCACGACAGAAACUUGGGAUACGAAAAUAAACGUGGGAUAGGCGAGGACGGUACACGGGGCCGGACGAUCACAUGCCAACCCGUGCCCCGGAUAGAAAAAGGGAGCGAAAUACACAAAGAGGAGGAGACACGGAGGAGAGAGAGAUGGGGAGGAAAAAUAAACGAUUAAGUAGGUGUCCCCGAUCCCCGUUGCGAAUGCACACGCCUCCUUUUGCUGCCUCGAGAGAGAGCAAAGGUGCUUUGCUUUCGGCUGGCGGGCGCGUGGUGGUCGUGUGGCCGCGGCGUGCGCCUGCCUGGCCCGGGUGCGAUGAAUCUUUGCGGACACCCUGGGGCUCGGAGAGCAAGCUGUGCCGGGGACGGGUCGGCGUCUGCACGGGGGAUAAAGAGGGGCGUUGUUUGUUUUGGCCUUCGGCACCCGCACGAAGCACAAGGCUCUGGGGGGGGAUUGGGAACCCCCUAGGAUAUUGAUGUAGGUUACUGUGUAUAUAUUGAAAAUGUAUCGUAAAGGGCAGGCUUUUGUGGUUGAAUUGUUUUUUAAUUUUUUUAUUGCUGGUGGCAGCGAGCACCUCGUGUCGGGCAUGCGGCCUUUUCAGAACCGGGGGGUCGCACAAGUUUUUGCCGUGCACAGAUUGUUUGUUCCACCCUCACCGAAAGCCGGGUUGUGGAGCUGUUUUUUUUUUUUCGCGAAGCAGAAGCAAGCCACGGGAGGUAUGUGACGUACGCUUUGCCGAUGGUUUUGGUCAACACUUUCUUCCUUUAGCAAGUGAAUGGAGAAGUUGCCUUUGGCAUGUCGGCGCAUGCGAUUUGUGUGGUUGGUUCGCUGAGGUUGCAGUAUCUGGGAGCAGAAGUUAGAGGUGAUGCUCCCCGCCCCCCCGCGCCAUUUUCCGUCGCCUGCGUGCCCUGCUGGUGGUUUGCACUCCUCGUAACAGCAGCAAAAGCGGAACGUAGAGUAGUACGUGAGACUUGUGUAGAGCGAAAGUGCUUUGUUUUGCUCUUCCUCUUUGAGUGUUUUGUUUUUCAUGUGUGAGACCCGAAGGUCGGAUAGCUGUCCCUUGUUGGACAUCGAAGUGAUACGUGCCUUUAACAGAUGUCUUGCAUGUGCGGUACGCGAUAUGCGUCCGCGUUACCUUUCGAGUUUGGCGCCCGUGAGAUAAUCGUAGCAUCCCUCGUUGGCGUCGACAACUCGCUUUGUCUUGUCGGUCAUGCCCUUCCUGUUCUGUCAGCAUGCAUCGAAGUUUUUUUGGUUCCGGCGUAAAGAGUGCGGGCGAGGGGGCGAACUUGUCCGGUCCCUCCUCCCCGCUAUGUCUCCCGGUGAUUAGCGCGCGGUUGUCCUCCUUUAACAAUGCCGCAAGUAAAAAAGAACAUGGUAGUGUACGAUGGCGGUGGUGCAAAACCAAUAUUGGUUCGUUAUAGUGGUCUAAUUCGCGGUGUCUUGUUGUGCGUGUUUUGUGGGUAGCUUUUUCCCUCCAGGUGUUACUAAUAUCGGGCUUUGAGCGGCUUUUCGAGUGUUGAGUGAGUGUUUCUGUCCAAUGUACGACAGCCGUCGGCGCACAGCAUAAUCGGGACAACAGUGACUUGUGGUGCUGCCUGCACACACGCACACACGCGCGCGCGUUUGUGGCACGCGGUUGGUGAUUCAUAUUGUGUUUUUUUCUGCCGAUCAUCCGUGUCUGCGGGAAGGGGGGGAGUCGGACGUCUGGUUCCAAGCAGCCCCAUACAAUGAGAAGGGUCGUAUCCUCGCCGGCGUGGUAAUGCCAAACGAUUCUGACGGCGAUGAACGAAUGUAGAGAUGGACGGGGUGAUGACGCUCAAGAGAACGUGUUUUGCGUUUUGUGUGUGUGCGAGGUUGACAUGUGUAGCCAACCGGCGGGUUGUUUCGGGGCUAACUGUCUUCGGUUUGGCAUGUUCGCGGUUGUUUGGUUGACACUUUGCGCGGUUGCCGUUUGUCUGUGGUAUGACGUCGGGCCUACAUGGAAUAGGUCAGGUUGGCACGCACUUGUCUCCUUCGGCAUUCGACUGUGAUGCUAGUAGUGAGUGCAAAAAUUAGCGAGUCGUGCGUGUGUCGAGAUAAACAACAGGUCAUGAUACUUUUGAU